UUACACUGUAGAGCAGAGAACAGACACAGAGGAAACUACAUCUCCCAUGAGCCUCUCUUGCAGGGAACAUCUUAAUGACAUCAAAAGGCAGCGACUGACUUGAUCAGAGAAAUCGGAGUGCUCACUCCCGGCACACACAGUACGCUAUUACUCUAAGGACGAAAUAAUGAUGAUCGGAGACCAGUCGGAAUCACUGGGUGGGUCUUGUACACCCGAACAAAGUCUUUAUUCAAGGGAUUGUAUACAGAAUGCUAAAAAUCUGCAUAGGAAACAUAAAAAGGUGGAGGAUCUGAGAUACGUGAAGGUUGAGGUGAAAUCUGAGAUUACGGAAGAUGUCACCUGUUCCGGUGAAGAAGUGCUAAGUAAUGAGGUUGAGGUAAUAUCGGAUAUCAGUACAGAUGGGUCCAGUAACAGAGAUACCCCAGAGAGAUGUCCCCGUCCUCCUUGUUCACAGGAUGGCUCAGGGAAAGGCUGCCAUAUCCGACGAGAUCAUCAGGUUGAAAACCUGAUCAAUAUCAAAGUUGAAUAUAUGGAGGGAGAAGAGGACAGGUGUAAGUUGAACAGCAGUGAAAAGCCGAAAAGGAAGGAGGAAAUCCCUACAGAUACCGGCAUUGAUGGCUCCGGCAACAGACAUACAUCAGAGAGAUGUACCAGUCCCUGUUAUUCAGAUUGUUCUGAAGAAGACAGCAGUACCCGGCGCAAUGACCAGGCCGAAUGGCUGGGAGCUGAGACGGAUGGCACCUCAUCACAGACAGAGGGGGAGGAAGAGGUGUAUAUGUCCGCUGACCAGCAGGUUAAGGAGGAGAACGUUCCUGCACAUAUACACCCAGGUCAUGAAAUUCAUUGUAAGAGAAGGAAGAAAUUAUAUCGUUCAGCCGCAACAUCCAGGGCCGUGAACCAUGAAGCUGAUUGCAACGGCAUCUCUGAGGAAUGCGAUCAGGCUGGGGGGGGGAAACAGUUCAUCUGCACUGAAUGCGGUAAAAGCUUCAGCCUCUACUCUUAUCUCACAAAGCACCAGCGAUCUCACUCGGGGGAUAAACCGUAUUCCUGCUCUAUAUGCGGCAAGUGUUUUGCCUACAAACCAAGUCUCGUUAGUCACCAAAGGGUCCAUACUGGGGAGAAGCCGUUUCCCUGCUCCCAGUGCGGGAAACUGUUUGCCAGUAAAUUCAAUCUGAAAACACACGAGAAGGUUCACACCGGGGAGAAACCGGUAGAAUGCCCGGCUUGCGGGAAAUGCUUCAGCAACAACCCGGCUCUCGUUAAGCAUGUGAGAAUCCACACAGGCGAGAAACCGUUCUCCUGUUCCGAUUGCGGGAAGUUUUUCUCCAGCAAGUCCGGUCUCAACGCGCAUUUGAUACUUCACACCGGGGAGAAACCGUAUAUGUGCGCCGAGUGCGGGAAAUCCUUCGCCAACCAAUCCAAUCUGAUUUCACACAGGAUAAUCCACACCGGGGCGAAACCCUACAUCUGCCCCGAAUGCGGCAAGGGUUUUGCCAACCAGUCCAAUCUCGCCAAACACAAAGUCAUUCACACCGAAGAGAAACCCUUCCUGUGUAUGGAGUGCGGCAAGUUCUUCACCAGGAAAGGAAGUCUCAUUAAACACCGAGAGAGGAUUCAUGAAAAGGGGAAAAUGUUUCUAUAGCUCCGUUCUGUUAUACAGUAGUGUUCAUUUUAUCAGACUGCAGCUCAGAAAGAAGCCCCUUUUUGUAAGAAAAUUCAUCGUUAAUAUGGGAAAAAGGACAUUUGUGGUAGUUUGAAAAAUAGAUACAAUAUACUAUUAAUACAUUUUAGUAAUGGUCUCUUAUAUAGAAAGUUGUACAAUCAUUUUGACUCUAGGCGUUGUCUGUGUGCCAUAGUUCUGAGGCCGGUAUGAGGUUAGCAUCCGGGUGCUGCGGAUGUCGGCGGCUAGGGAACAGAUGCCGGAAUCCCAACACCACUCAGAAUCUCGGCGCCAGAACCCCAACCAAUGGCAUCCUGAAAGAGUCGGGGUAAGGGUUAGGACCCGGGGGGAGACGGAGGGGUUACCCACAAGAGGAAAUGUUAGCUGUAGAUGCUACCCAUCGUGUCCUUAACCCUAGUGGCCACCCCGAGGGAUUAGCCGUAACCUCGUCACCUGUGUCCUUAGCCGCCACCCUAACCGUUAGGGUAGAGGGCAGGGGAGGGGUAAAUGGAUUUCCCCGUCCCCUGUCGCCAUUCAAAAAGUUGGAAUGCUGUGAUGGUUGAUGUGACCACCAGCAUCCCGACUUUCGAUAAUGCUUAUGACACUCUCUGAGACCUAAGGUUCGGUGGAGUACAAAGGGUGGAUGUAUCAAGCAGUAAAAAGACUUGAGAGGUGGACCAGUGGUUGCCGAUAGCUACAGAUCAGCUUUGAGGUAGCAUUUGUCAAGAACAUUCUAUAAAAUGAUAGGCAGAAGCUGAUGGUUGAAAUGGGAAACUUUUCCGCUCCUCCACUAUUCCACUGUUUUCACUGUUCGAUACAUCAACUCCAAAGUGACGGUUGGGGGGACCCCAAAAACAGGUUGUUGGGGAGUACUGUGAUUUUGGAUGUAUAUCUAGAAGACCAUUAUAGUUCCAGUCAUCUGUUAUGUAUAAAGUGAAACUUAUAGGGUAGCAGCUUUGGUGCUAGUUUUCAUACCUAAACUAAUGUAUACAAUUAUGUAAAAUAUAUAAAUGUACUUUUUAACAAAAAGAUUACAGAUUUUCCUUUGCUUUCUAUUUAUUGUACUUUCACCGAGAGUACCUUGGGGCAUGCCGGGAAAGUGCAGACACCAAUUUUAAUGGCCGUUAUGGGCGUGAAUGCGGAGAGUCCCCGCCCAUCCCCUGGAUUACUGAACACUGUGCAGCUGAUGAACAGUUGGCCACAGAUGCAACUUUACUUCAUAGAUGAAGAUGAACUUGCAGUUAUAUUGAGAUGCAUGCCAGUUAGCAACAGAAGCACACGUGCCUGGUUUAUGCCAGACUAAAGUUGCGAUACUCUUACCUUCACUCCUGCGCCCAUGUUUUUAACAAUUUAUUUUAUUUGCAAUGAAUGCGUUCGAUAUUAGAACUGAAUAAUAAUGCAAAAAAAAACCCUCUAAUACAACAAACACAAUGAAACAUGUACACAAAAGCCCAUGUAUGUUCCAGGGAGCGACACUUCUGCAUUUAGCGGGAAAUCCUGAAAUCGGUCACAUUGUGAUGUCAUCAGGUCCUCUUGCUGGCGAGCUGCAGCAAUGCAGUGGGGACCUGUAUCCAGUCUCCUCUGCUAACUUGUCUUAGGAGAUAACAGGCGCACUGUUAUAAAAAAAAAAAAAGUGGUGAUCAUUUGUUUCCACCAUUGUAAUGUCAACCUUUAAUAAAUGUCAACCUUUUGUAACUGUCGGACUGUUGACCUCUAUCUAUCACCCGGAUAUCCUAUUAGAUACAGUUGACUCUGUUAUUAUCUGCUCCUGUCAACACUAACUAGAGUCUCUUGAGUCUUUACCGUGAUCCAUUGUUUCAAAAAAAGUUCUGUCUGAUGUAAAUAUGUAAAAUAUUUUAUAAAAAUAAACACAUUUGGUUUUUCCUAG